GCCGCGGUUCGCGAGUGCGUACCUAGGUACUGGACUGCGUACUACGUCGUGCAGUGCAGGUGUACUGUACGUAUAUAAAGAGCAGGUAGGGCGGUUUUUCUGUCUACGAGCCGCCUACGUCGUUGGCUCGUCAUGUGGUGGGUUGGGCUGGCUUUGGUGGCGUGGUGGAGUGUUGGCGCUGCGGAUGCGGUGCCGAAUCCGCUGGACAAGAGCUUUGAUGAGGCAGUGGAGGAUGCGUUGAGCUUCUUUAAUGUGCCGGCGCUGUCGAUUGCCAUUGUGGAUGGGAACGAGACGUUUGCGAAGGGCUACGGGACCGCCGUCUUCCCUUCGACGCCUGCAACGGCCGACACGCUAUACUAUGUCGGCUCGACGACGAAAUCCUUCACUGCGGCCGCGAUGCUUCUCCUGAUAGAAGACUCGGCCAACAGCAGCAGCCCGCUCAGCCUGACGACGCCCGUCUCGGAACUGAUCCGCGCCGAGUUCGUCCUCCCAGACGAGUAUGCCACGCGCAAGGCCACGCUCGAGGACCUCCUCACGCACCGCACCGGCAUGCCGCGCCACGAAAUGUCCUACGGCGGCCCGCGGCAGCCGUCGCUCAAGCAGCUGGUCCGCAACCUGCGCCACCUGCCCAUGACGCGCGACCUGCGCGCCGAGUUCCAGUACUGCAACAUGAUGUACGGCGCGCUGUCGUACGUGAUCGAGCAGCUCGCGGGCACGUCGCUGGCCGACUUCUUCCGCCAGCGCAUCUGGGCCCCCCUCGGCAUGCACAACACGUUCCUCUCGCUCGCCGACGCCCAGCGCCACGCCAACGCUUCCCGACUGUCCCGCGGCUACGCCUUCGACAACGCGACACGCGCGUUCGUGCCGACGCCGUACAUGGACAGUCCCGUGGUCGCGGGCGCCGCCGCCGCCAUCAGCUCCGUCACCGACUUCGCGCGCUACCUGCGCGCCCUGCUCGCGCGGGACACGCGCUUCCUGACGCGGGCGAGCUACGGCGAGCUGCGGACGCCGCGCCUGCUCGCCCCCGAAACGGACCUCACGCCCGGGGCCGGGCCCUCGGCGCGCGCGGGCGGGGACUACGCCCCCUUCUCCGGGCCGGGGCUGUACGGGCUGGGCUGGAUGCAGCAGAACUACCGCAACGCGACGCUGGUGCACCACAGCGGCGGCGUGACGGGGUACGGCGCGCAGAUGGCGUACGUGCCCGCGCUGGGCUGGGGCGUCGCGCUCAUGGCGAACACGGAAGUGACGGGUUUCUUCGCGGCGACGGCACUGCUGUUCCGCUUGCUGGACGAGCGGCUCGGCGUCCCCCUGCACGAGCGCUUCGACUGGCAAGCCGAGUUCGCGCAGGCAUUGCAGCGCAAGCGGGACGCCGUGGCCCGGACGAAAGACGCGCUCUACCCCGGCGCUGCUAACGCUACGACGCCCUUUGCGCACGCGCACGCGCUCCCGCUGGCCGCGUACGCGGGCACGUACGCCAGCCCCGGCUACGGCAGCGUCGCGUUCGCCGUCUCGGACCGCGUGCAAGGGGGGCGCUUGCUCGCGAACGUGGAGGACCGCGUCUGGCCGCAUCAGAUUGAGCUGGAGCAUGUGGCGGGCGAGCACUUUGUCGCGUGGGCGAAUGCGUCCAAGGACUCGCCCAGCGCGCUGUUCCUGGGCUUGGCCAUGCGCGCUACCUUCCGCGUGGGUGGGGAUCGCGUGCCCGUCGAGCUGGGCUUGCAGUAUGAGGAGAAGAUGGGCGAUGAGUUGAUUUGGUUCCGUAGGGUCGAGUAGCUGAAGUGAGUAACUGGAAGGCAAAUAAAUCAUCUUCGCGCGGAGGUUGUUCUUGUAUAGCUAUGAGUCUAUAGUCAACCCGUUAGCUAGAUUAAAGCCAUUGUAGAUUCACUCCUGGC